AUGGCUAAGCCGAAAUCCACCAAGCCCAAAAGAGCGCCAAGGUCCUCAUUCAAAUAUCCACUUCUCCAUGAGGAGGUGUCAAAAGCUGUGUCCGAUGAUCUGCCCUCGACGUGGUUCAACAAGAAUGGUAGAAAGAAAAACCCCAAUAACGAAUACUCAACCAACGUGAUGGGCAGAUUCAGAUGCAACAACAAUAGCUGUUCCAACACAACAUGGACGAGCAAAAAAGUGUCGAUCGUGAUCAGGGGAUUCUCCGGAAACGGGUACGACGCCGUUGUGUUCAACCAACGCUGCAUGCACUGCGAUGAGCUCGGCAGCUUUACUCUUGACAAGCAAUCUUACGUUCAACGGGUCGCCUACCGGCUUAAGAGGUGGGCGGGUGUAGAGAUGGAGAAGCCGCCCUACGCUGUGAACAAGGGUCCCCCACAUCAGGAAGAUUUCUGUGAGGGUUGCAAGCGGGGCUACUGUCAGAAGCGGAAUGGUUUUGGGUUCUAA